CACACCAGCUGUUAGGGAGAUGAACGCUGUCAACGCACCAGUGGGUUUUGUUCGUACGCUUCCAGGACCGAGUAGCACAGUUACAAAGUCGGUGGAGUCCCCCUUGUAGUGUAGACGUGUAAGGGUCGUAUUACACAGCGUAACGCGCCCUUCCAUUUAUCCACUGGCACACCAGGCUGAGGAAUUCAGUGGGGCGGAAAGACCACACGCUCGUCAGGCCUGCAUAAUGUUAUUUGUUUGGUAAGCAAUGACUGGUUCUUUUGUGGUCACGAGCUUUUAGGGCUGCAGUUGUGUUUCAGGGUCACAUCGGAACAAAAUAGCGGUCUGUGUUUUGGUGAAGUCAGUUCAUGUAUAUAAAUUCGUGGAUGGAUUGACCGCUUGACCAUCAUGAAGGCACCAAUGGAUUUGGUGCGUCUUUGGUGACGCAAUGACUGUAUAUACUGAGGUCAUUAGCUGACAGCAGUGUCUACCGUAGCGCCCUACAUGUACGAGAGGGAUAUAAGAUUUCGAUAUACUAACAAGGUGGGUAACAAUGUUAUGCCACCAGCCACAAACGACUGUCGCGUCUAGUGUGUCACUAUGCUUGCGGAUCUAUACACAUCCAUUAAGUUAAGUGUAAGCUUUGAUUACCGAUAUGUUUUCAUGAUCACGUUGUUCGUCGUGAUUAUAUAUCGAUCUAGCGGUCUUACCUAAUUGGCUUUAGUCAAAAUGGUUUCGCUUCUGUCAAUCGUCACAGUGCCACGCAGCUCUGUAGUCACGGUAGCUUCAUGUUUUGAUUGGACAAUGAUAGCAGCAAUAAUCCAGAGAGGUGGAAACUGACAUUUGUGUGGUCAGAAAUCAGCCUGAGUAUUGUUUCGAUUAACCUGCAUUGCGAGCACAAAGAAAUUCUGCUUGGAAUUAUCUGUUUGUCGGAUGGAUAUUAGGAAACACCUUUGAGACCAUGGUGAGAUGAACCAAGCCGAAGUCCCCCCGAGAGAUUAAAGCAACAGUACUUAUCAUGGAAUACUAGUCGGACCUUGGCAUAUCGUCUGAGAGAGCGGGUUUAUCGAAAUAUAUUACCACAGACACAUCACUGAAGGGUUUAAGACAAAAGUGGGCAAGUCGACAAGAUGUUCCGCGCUCAGCUGGAUACCACAGCGUCCAUACGAAGCACCUCGUCCGUCGCUGCCCUGACUGGCUUCUCCCGCCGGCACCAGGGGGCUUCGGUCAAGCGCCUGGUGCUGCUUCUCGUGGUCUAUGUCAUCUACAUCGUCACAGGCGCCCUAGUCUUCCGGUACCUUGAAGGGGGGAACGAGGAGAACCUUCAGGACAGAAUUCGGGACUUCGUGGCGGAGUUCCUGGCCAACAAUUCCUGCAUUAACUCUUCUGAGCUAGUUACACUCGUAGACGAGCUGGUGCAUUCUAUAGACAACGGGCUCAAGCCCGCUGUGGGAGAUGACACCUUAGAUUAUUACGGCCAUCAUCUCUGGGACUUCCCAAACUCGCUGUUCUUUGCUACUACUGUCAUCACCACAAUCGGUUAUGGCAACAUGUCGCCGCGUACCAGCGAAGGGAUGGCAUUCUGCGUAGUCUUUGCUUUCUUCGGCAUACCCCUGACGGGCUGGUUUCUAGCUGUAUUCGGUCAGUGCUCAGAGCGUCAUUGGAAGAGUUUCACCGACAAGUUCGAUAAGACGGUGGCCUUCCUAAAGUUCGCCACUGCCCAGAAGGUCGCUGUGUACACCAGCCUUGCACUGCUCUUAUAUCUUGUAAUCAUUCUGCUGCCCUCUACCGUCAUCCACUUUGUGGAGGGAUGGUCGUGGGGCGUGGCACACUAUUAUACUUUUAUAUCCCUCAGCACCAUAGGGUUUGGAGAUUACGUUGCAGGCAACGGAACCAACCUUCAUGCAGUGACGCGGACACUGUAUAAAAUUGGUCUGGUGCUGUAUCUGAUCUUAGGUUUAGCUGUACUGACGCUGACUUUCAAGGUGACCCAGCAUUACCAAAGGAAGAAUGCAUCGCGCAUGCAAUCAGUAACGAGGGGCGUGGCAAGGAGGGUGCUCAGCAAACGUCGAAAUGCCAGCUUCGAAAAAGAGAAACAAGACAAAGAGAACCGGGUGACGGUUAACCUACGGACAGCAAAGUACGGUAGAUGCGAUAGUGAGUCUGGAGAGACGUUUACUAUCUCCAUUGACGAGUUUGGAAGGUGUCUAAAAGACGCCAGCACGCAGACGAAUACGAGCUCAGUUGAGUCUAACGUGAAGACUAGCAUAAAGAAGACUGGGAACUCAAUUAUUAUUACGUCAUCGCAGAGCGGCGUCCUGAGGCGUAGCCUCUCGUGGAGUGAUAUGCAGGAGGGAAUAGUCAUUGAUAUGGGGAAGUCCGACUCGAGGCGAGACCACGAAAACGGCAACGUUCUGUUAAGAAAUAAUUUAGGCUAUUCUGGUGAUGGUACAUAGCCAAGCAAAGUUAGCUCUCUUUUCUCCCUCAGUCUAACUUUAUCAGUACAUCAGUGCCUGAAGACAUGUACGAGACAUUUUUCUCGAUACAAUUCGUCAUUUGAACAUGUGGGUAAAAGUAUGUCUUGAUACUUUGUCUGAGUUUACAGACAUGAGAAAUACAUUGAUGCCAGCUAUUUUUCAAGAGUGAAUCAUACUCAGAUGUUUCACAAAGUGGAAUGUAGAGAAUUCAGUCAAAAGAGUUAAAAUCCCAGGUGAUUGUUCAGAUGAACGGGUCUCGUGUGAGCAUUGUUCAAAAUUUGUUGAAUGGUACACAGUUGCCUCUUCUUAAAAAUAAACAUUCCUCAAGUUAUGUCAACAGAGAUAAAUUAGUGUCGAAAUCUAACAUACAGAAGUACUUUGUUUACUCUGUUAUGAGACAUGCAAAGAGAAAGUGUAUUUGAAAGGAGAAAGAAACCAUCAACGAGUAUUGCUGAUUUUGUUAAUCUUUUUAAAGGUGGAAUUUUUUGGCAUAUGUAAUGUAAAUAAGCUAUGCAAACGGGUUAUUUCUUAUUCGAAAACUGGCCUUUGUAUAUGGGAUAUAUAAAAACAGUUUUGAAGACAGUUCAUAAAAUCAACUCACGUGUAUUAUAUUUUAUAAGUAUAUUUACGAUUUCAAAUGAUUUUACUAUUGUAAAAAUUAGUUUUCUGUAAUCCAGAGUCUUAUACUCAUGAUGGUUGUAAUGGUGCAGUUUUGACUAUAGCUGUCUACCUACUCGCUGCAUGAUGAAUCACAGCGAGAGAUUGGUCUUGUUUGUGCCAACCUUACAAACAGCAGGCAGCUACAGAUCUCAUAGCCGUGGUUUCAAGACGUUAGUGCUUGAUGGCGGACACCGUGCAUAGUGCGCCCCCAACGACU